GAUCAUGCCCCAUAUAAACAAUUCAUGAAAAUUGGGGUAACUAAUGACCACCACCAUGAAUCUUGGCAUGAGCAAGGUUAAACUAAUGGCCAGACAAUGGAAGCUUCCUCUCUUUAUGUCCCCAUAAAACCCUUCCCCCAUGUCAAGGAUUCAUCACCCUAGAUCCUUUCUCUUAAGGACUCCAAACCCACAUUACCAAAAUGAGUUCAAUUAGACACAAUUCUCCAUCACAUCUCUCAAACCUUGCCACCAUAGUUCUCUCACUGUCGAUAUUCAUGCCGAAUUUCGCUCUCCCUAAAACCCUAGAUUCUGACAUCGAAGCCCUCCGCAGCCUCAAAAAUGGCAUCGAUCCCUAUAGCAUCCCCCCCACCACCUUCCUUGACACAUGGGACUUCUCUGUGGACCCUUGUGAGAACACUGGGUCCCACUUCGUAGGCAUUCUCUGUGACAUUCCUAGUGGCAACACGUCGCAACGCAUUGUGGCCCUUGAUCUAAAUAGCAUGGGGUACGAUGGCUUCCUGUCACCAUCGAUUGGGAGCCUCACAGAGCUCACCUUUCUUGACUUGAGCAAAAACCGAUUCCGAGGGCCUCUUCCCGAGUCUUUCACUCGUUUAACCAAGAUUACUACCCUCUCUUUGUCUGAGAACAUCUUCACUGGCUACAUCCCCUCAGAGAUCACGAACCUGAGGUGGCUCCAGUACCUCGAUCUGUCAAAAAAUAACUUCAUAGGUACCCUACCCCCGACUUUUGUAGAUCUUAGGCAACUUACACAUGUGGACGUAUCCUACAAUCUAUUCUUUAGCAAUCUACCAGACCUUGAUGCGCUUUGGCAAUUGACAUCAUUAGCCUUAGACCACAACCAUUUCGAAGGAGGCUUGCCCAGACUACCCUCAAAUUUAAGGACACUAUCCCUUAACAACAACUUGUUAUCGGGCCGUCUACCUCCUACCAUGAGACUCCCUCACCUAGAGGCCUUGGACUUGAGUAACAAUCAAUUUACUGGAACAAUUGGAUGGGGGUUACUCUUGCUUCCAUCGAUCCGAAGGAUCAACCUAUCAUUCAAUUUGUUCACAAGUAUAGAGGUCUUUAAUGCUACUAACAUGACCACCACCUUGGAGGAAUUGGAUGCAAGCCACAACAGGAUCCAAAUGCAUUUGCCCUUGGGUCUGGCUACCAUAGAGAGCAUGCUUUCUAUUCAUCUUGAGGGGAAUAGUUUUGUGGGCAGGAUCCCCCCAGAGUAUGGUGCAAGGGCCAUGAACUCGUGGAGACAGUUGUUUCUCAACGAUAACUAUCUUGAAGGCUCUGUGCCAUCAGAGUUCAAGAAUUUACAGAGAGAAAAGCUCAAUGGGAGUUUAGCAAGCAAUUGCCUUGUAUGCCGAAAUGGCCAUUACCUUUGCGAGGGGCGCCAACGCCCUUCCUCGGAGUGCCAUAGACAUGGGUGAAAGGAACUUUGACUAAACACAAGACAAUAAAAAUGCAUGGGAUUGUGCUACAAA